GCUCGUUUGAAGGAGCUCUAACGCGAGAGAACGAUAAAUAGGUACAAUAUAGACGCGACCUUUAUUGUUUACAUCCAGGAGCAUAUCUCAGCGCGUUCAACCAUUCAGAAAUAGGGAAACAAGGAAAGGCUUUUCCACUGAAAAAAUUUUUUACUGUUAAGAAAUCGUUAUAACUUAGGUCGUGAAGGGAGGAUCAUGCGAAAAAGAAAUGCGACAGUAAACUCGAACUCAAAAUUUGCUGAACUUCGUGCAUUACGUGAAGCUGGAAAAACUAGAGCUACCGUUUAUGAAAAUAAAGAAGAAGAUAAUCUUUACGACAAAGUCUCAGAGGAAGAAUACUUGAAGGUUGUACGACAGCGUUUAGAUCAAGAUGACUUUGUGGUAGAUGACAAUGGUGCAGGAUACGUUGACAAUGGUUACGACGAAUGGGACCGCGGUUAUGACGAUGAUGAAGAGGAAGCUGAAGAAACAGGGUCGUCAAAAACAAAAAAGAAAAAAACUAAGCAUGCUUUAGCGGACAAUAACAGUCAGCCUAUUAGCUCCUUUUUCAAAGCCAAGCCCAUUCAACCUAGUAAUCAUAGUACGAAGCAUCAGUCCAACAAUGAUGAUGACUUCAUGGCUCAAAUAUUGGGUUCAAUUGAUCAAGAUCUAAUGGAUGCCCCGUCUACCAAAAGUAAGCUCUCGAAAGGUAAAGCCCAGACGACGCCUACAGUUGAUAAGAAACCAUCCACAAACCUUUUUUCAAAUCCAAAUAUCACGCAGUCAUCAUCAGCAAUAGAAAAUGAACCUACUGCUUCUUUAGCAACUCGUCAACCUCAAAGUACGGAAGAUGUAGCAGUUCCAAGCUCUCCGAUACUUGCCGAUGAUGAAGAAGCCCUUGUAGACGAUAUCGAAAUGGAGCCAGUGCUUCCAGAAAAACCUGAAGAUUCCAAUCAACUUGAAGAAAAUGAUGCUUCAGUCCGAGACUUAAGCGCGGCAACCACCCUGGAUAGACCAGCCGUGGAACCUGUUCUUCCAGCUACACCCAUUCUCCCAUCUUCUUUUGCACCACCUUUGUCAUCCGAGUUAGAUACCUCUGCCUUUACGGAGCUUAACUCUCACCUACGCAAUUUAGAAGUCCCCGAUCCUGCGACUAUCAACAAAGGUCAUCGUGUCUCUCCCAGCGAUAUAGUAGAACAAGAUGGAUCUUUAAAUUUUUUCUGGUUGGAUUAUACAGAAGUAUUUGGCAGCCUCUGCCUGUUUGGAAAAGUUUAUGAUAAAAAAUCCAAGAGCUUUGUCUCUUCAUUCGUAAAAAUUGAUGGUAUUAUGCGAUCUUUAUUCUUUUUACCAGCUUCUUCUAAUAGUCAACUAUCAUCUUCCUUGGAUCAACAGAAGGCAGUGUAUGAUGAAGUCUCGGGAUUUCUUUCCAAGUUAGGCGUAAAAGAAUGGAAGUCCAAAUUAAGCAGGUAUAAGUAUGCAUUUGAGUUAGAGGACGUUCCAAAGGAGACCGAUUACUUAGAAGUUUUAUAUUCUUAUUCUUACCCUCAACUUCCUUCUGAUCUCAAAGGUAACACAUUCUCUCAUGUAUUUGGUACAAACACUUCUUUGUUUGAACAGUUUGUCCUCACGCGAAGAGUUAUGGGACCCUGUUGGCUAAAGAUACAAAACCCAAAUUUUGAUUCCGUACGGAAUGCUAGUUGGUGCCGUGUGGAAAUCGGCUGUUCUUCUCCUCAAGGAAUAUCAGUAGCAAUUGACUCAAAAUUACCCCAGACACCUCCUCUUACAGUGAUGAGUUUGGCUUUCCGUACUCUUAUAAAUCCCGCAUCAAACAAACAAGAAAUGGUUAUGAUUAGCGCUAGAGUUUACGAGAAUGUUCAGAUUGAUCGAGGACUUUCAGCCAACGAUAUGCCAUCGUUUACAUUUACCAUUAUUCGUCCGCUUAAACAGAUUUUUCCUAACGGUUUUGAAAAUAUGGCUCGCAAUCAUAAACCCCCUAUCUACUGUGAAAGAUCUGAGAUUUCCUUAUUGAAUUCAUUCAUAAGUAAAAUACAGAAUUACGACCCAGAUGUUUAUGUGGGUCAUGAUUUUGAAACUAUGUAUUCGGUUCUACUUUCUCGGUUAAAAGACCGUAAAAUUCAUAAUUGGCAUAGCAUUGGGCGUCUUCGUCGAGGUGAGUGGCCGCGCUCUUAUAAUAGGAGUAGUCAACAAUUUGUGGAAAGACAAGUUGCAUGUGGAAGAUUAAUAAGUGACCUUUCUAAUGACUUUGGAAGAUCCAUGGUUAAAGUACAAUCUUGGAGCUUGUCCGAAAUUGUCCAGAAAGAAUUAAACAUUAAAAGGCAGGAUAUCAAUCAAGAAAAGGCUUUACAGUCAUGGACCGAUACAGCUCGUGGUUUGCUUGAUUAUGUUACCCAUUGUGAGAUUGACACUUAUUUUAUCGCAGCUGUAGGAUUUCAAAUACAAAUGUUGCAACUAUCAAAAAAUCUAACUAAUAUCGCCGGUAACUCAUGGGCUAGAACUUUGGCUGGUACCCGAGCUGAAAGAAACGAAUUCAUUCUUUUGCAUGAGUUUAAGAAAAAUGGUUAUGUUGUUCCAGAUAAACAGUAUAACAACAGAAGGAACGUCGAUAUUCUCGAUCUUGAAGAUUCAGAGUUUCAGGAAGAAACACCGGGAAAGAAAAAAGAUAAGUAUAAAGGUGGUUUAGUUUUUGAACCUCAGAAAGGUCUAUAUGAUACAUGUAUAUUAGUUAUGGAUUUCAAUAGUUUGUACCCUAGUAUUAUCCAGGAGUACAACAUCUGCUUCACUACGGUACAACGCUCUGCUCCUACGAAAGAUGGCGAAGAUCAAAUUCCUAAUAUCCCUACCGCUUCAAGUGAGCAGGGAAUUUUCCCUCGUCUAAUCGCAAAUUUGGUUGAUCGCCGUAGACUAAUUAAAGGCCUGUUGAAAGAUAAAACGGCUAACCCAACUCAGCUAUUACAAUGGGAUAUUCAGCAGCAAGCACUUAAGCUGACGGCUAACUCAAUGUAUGGUUGUCUAGGCUAUACCAAAUCUCGUUUCUAUGCUCGACCCCUCGCUGUUUUAAUUACUUAUAAAGGAAGAGAAGCAUUAAUGAACACAAAAGAACUUGCUGAUGCUAUGGGGCUGCAGGUUAUUUACGGUGAUACGGAUUCUGUUAUGCUCAAUACGAACGUUGCUGAUAAGCAACAAGCUAUUAUAAUUGGUAACGAAUUUAAAGAAAAGGUGAAUGAAAGAUACAGGAAGCUAGAAAUCGACAUCGAUAAUGUUUAUCAAAGAAUGCUACUACAUGCUAAAAAAAAGUACGCUGCUUUACAGGUUGAUGAUAAAGGAAAUUCAGUAUUAGAUGUAAAAGGUCUUGAUAUGAAGCGUCGAGAAUACUGUAUGCUUGCAAAAGAAGCUAGCAAAUAUUGCUUGGAUCAGAUCCUAUCUGGGGAGCUUACAGAGACGGUCGUCAGUAAUAUACACAUCUAUCUUUCUGAUUUCGCUGAUCAAAUGAAGAAUGGAAACUUUACAGCAAAUAAAUUUAUUAUCUUUAACCGCCUAGGCAAAAAUCCCGAAGACUAUCCGAAUGGUAAAACAAUGCCUUUUGUACAGGUAGCAUUAAAAAAGAAAGCAAAAGGAGAGAAUGUACGAGCUGGGGAUGUGAUACCUUUUAUCAUCACGGGCUCCGACGCAGAAGGACAUCCUGCUGAUCGUGCUCGUAGUCCACAGGAUGUUAUGAACCCAAAUAACAACAUAACUAUCGAUUAUAAUUAUUAUCUGACACAUCAAAUUCUUCCUCCUAUUGAAAGAGUUAUUGCACCUAUCGAAGGCACCAACCGCGCUCGUUUAGCUGAAUGUUUAGGACUGGAUCCUAAAAGAUAUUAUACAUAUGAAGCAUCAGAGUCAUCAGCUUUUGAACGAUACGAAAGCACUUUAUCGGAUGACCAGAGGUUUAUCAAUGUUUCACCGAUGGUUUUAAGAUGUCCCAGCUGUUUUGCGGUCUCAUUUACGAUGCCUAGUAUUAAAUCACUGCAAGAAACGUUAUUUGUGAAUACAGUUGAAUGUGAUUGCGGCUUUGAGUACCCCACAUUGACAAUCGUUUUGCAGUUCACUACUCAAAUUCGAUACUUUAUAAAUCUUUACUAUGAGGGUGUUUUAGUAUGUGAUGACUCUUCAUGUGGAAAUCGAACUAGGCAAAUGAACGUCUACGGCAAACGGUGUUGCAAUGGCAGUUGCCGGGGUAAUAUGCGGUUUGAAUAUGAUGACAAGAUGCUUUACAAUCAGAUCAAAUUUUUGCUGAAAGCCGUGCAAAAUACAACUGGCGCAACACGUAACGGCAUUUUGCGAUGCAAUGCGCUGAGUAACAGUCUGUCUAAAUUAAUGAACAAGAAUGCUCGUGAAUUUGUAGAUAUGGCUAGCAUUUUUCAUUCUUGAACAAAUGAUAACUAAUGAAGCUUCACAAUACCCCUUUUUUUGUUUUUCUGCCAUCAUUUAUUUUUGACUACUUUCGUUUCAGUUCGUAUGGUGGCCUACUUUUUUACAUACAGUUAUCCUAGAAUGUAGUAGAGAAAUAAACAUAUCUAAUUAAUUCAUUAAUAGGUCAAUUUUGAA